GGCUUCAAGCUUGUCAAAAACAAGCUAACUUAGGAACGGUAGCUGAGGUAGUACCUUUCACUCUCCAAUAUAGUAAUAAGGUAGUAAGAAAUAUUUCAUUAUUUUAGGGCAGCUAGAAGAGUGAAUUUUUAGUAUAAGUAUCUGUAUUUAGAAUGUAGGUUUUAGACUCGUUCUAACAGUUUUGGGGGCUAAUGCAGAAGACUGGCUAACUGGUUUUAACAGGUAACCGUAGCUAACUGGCUAACGUUGCUGUUACCGAGGAAUCAACAAGAGGUCGUUGUUAGCUCAAAGACCUUUUCUACCUUGGUUAGAGUAGAAAACCAGCUGUUUUAGGUCUUCGUUUUUCUGAGGAGCCAGUAAGAGUAAAGUGAAGAAAAUGCACCACGUGAAGAUAAAGUCAGAAAGGCCAGAUUUGGAAAGCGCAGGUGCACGCGGCAGGUUGGAUGCUGUGCUGAAAGGUCUGGUAGAAAAAAGCGAAAAUGAAAGAGAAACAAAUGAAGAUGCAGGAAAGUUGUCAGUGGACUCUUUAAACAAAGAGUUGUCUCCAUCAUCUGGUGGAAAAAGACCUUCAGCACGAUUUCCACAGCACCGGAGGAAGAAGCGAAAGGAGAUGGAUGAGGGUAUACCGGAGACCAAUCAGCAUAAACAGAAUGCAUACAUUAUUAAGUUGUUUGAUCGCAGCGUUGAUUUAGCUCAGUUCAACACCAGCACCUCACUGUAUCCAAUCUGCCGUGCUUGGAUGAGAAACAAUCCUUCCUUUAGGGAGCCAUCGACUUCUCCGAGCUCCCCACAAAGCAUAACGGAGGAGGAGGUUUCAGAUAUGAUGAAUGGCAAAGGUCAGAAUGUGCAUCGACUUCCUCCUCCAUCUACCUGCCCAGUUAGCCCCUCUGGUGAACCCAUUAAUCUCAGGAUCCCACAGACUGAAAAGCCCACCAUUUCCAAGUCGACAAAUGUUCCUGUAUCGGGAGCUCUCAUAAGUGACCACAUGGAGCGUUGGAAAAAGAUAAGACAAAAAUGGAAGGAGUGCUCCAAUAAGAACCAGUUGAGAUACAGUGAGAGCAUCAAGGUUCUGAAGGAAAUGAAGGAACUUUAUGACCACUGACUGCCGGCCUUGUAGCUGUUGGCUGCAGAAUGAACUCUCUACUGCUGGAAAGAAGCCAUGGAUUCAUGUUUCAUUUUUGAUAACGCCUGCAUCCAGCACAGACUCGUAGGAAAACAGCAGCAGCCUAAGCAGCCUUUCUGUCCUCUAAAUAGCAGAAACACAUUUAGCAAUUUCCUGUGUGAUAGUGUGAUGCAAGACUUUAUAGUCAAAUAAAUUCUGUGUACAUUUCUAAAUAAAUGACAUUUAACACA